CGCUAACCAUUAGCUAGCCGCUCGCUAGCCGCCGUUGACCGUAGUCUAGUAUAGCACUGUAGGUCACAGACGACAGAGCAUGGUUUUAUUUCAUAAGCACUACGUCGUGCUCCAACAGAACUUUUUGCAGUUAAAGGCAAUUAAUGCGCAAAUUUAAAAGUUAACAACAAAAUAUAAUACAAUGGCUUCAAAGGAUGACAGCAAUAUGAAUGAAUCAGAUGACGAGCGUGACCUUACAAGCUUAACCUGGUUAAUGGAGUUGAGGAAUCAAAAUUUUAGUUGGACAAACGACAUGAAACCGAUUACUUUGAACGAUGUUGAAAAACAUAAUCAAAAUAACACGGAAUGCGCACACGAUACAGGUGGAGGUGGGCAACCAGGCGCGUUUGAUAAACUAAAUCUUUUUAAAUAUAAAGACAACUGCAACAACAAUUCUGUUCUGAAUAAUCGUACUGUGAGAACGAGCAGCAAUAAAACACCGAUUACUGUGUAUGAUAAACAACUGAAAGAAACCAGUGCAAGCAGCGACACUGAGCUCAAUGCAACGAAACGAAAUGCGAUUGGAAAAUCUAUUGAAAAAUCAUGUAGGAAAAUGAAUAAAGUCGUACACUGUCAUCAGCAACAACCACAACAACAACUAUUACUGAAACGAGCGACCCCCUUAGAGCGCUACGAAAUGUUUGUGGAAAAAGUCAAGAGAGUAUUUGUAGAAUAUCAGAAAUCGGCGAUUAACUAUCAAACGGACACAACGGAGAAACCGCCCUUUAAUUACUCACACAUAAUUGGCAUGGCGAUGUUGGAGAACGGACGAGUGACGUUACAACAAAUAUGUGCUUGGAUUGAGAAGAAAUUCGCUUUCUUUCGAGUUAGAAAAAAAUGGAAUAAUUCGAUCAGACACAAUUUAUCGCUACAUCAAUGCUUUCGUAAAAUAGACCGCAAAAAAUUUGAGAAAGGCAAAGGUGGUUACUGGGAACUGGGUGUGGAUACGCGCAAAUGUGAUAGAAAGCGUAUAAGGAACAGAAAAAAUGCACAACACAGAAGCAAGCAUGCGCAGCAGCAUCAACAGCAACCGCCACAAACGCAGCAAAAUCAGCAGUUCAGCACAAAGAAAAGCAAUACUGUACAGGAAACCAAAGCGGUUGUGGUAGUUAAUCAGCCGUCAAAUCAAACAAAGGUGGCAUACAAUGAAUUGCAAAAACUACAAACUGGUAAUUACUAUAGUGAUUGUGCGUCAGCACAAACUAAUGAAAAGCAGGAGGAAGCACGCUCAGCCAUUUGUAGCAGCGCGCUUGAGUCGAUCGUUAACGCAAGCGAAGGGCAUUUAUUAUUGGACGAGCUCGACAUACAGCAAAACAUCGAUGUGGUCAGCUGUUGCCAACAGUCGCAACCGGAGCAGGAAAUCUGUACUACCAGCAAUGUGACGGACGCAAUGAAUUGUGUUGCCAAUGUUGAUAGUCUACAGCAUAAUAGGCAGCAGCAAUAUCAACUGGGUACAAUUAUAAUUAGUACACCCGCCGCCAAAUAUGGGAGCAUUUCCAAUUUCGCUGCUUCAACGGGCUCCAUUAAUUGCAUCAUUAAUGGCGAAUGUAUUGAUGACAAAACACAUGAACUGAAACACAAUUUCAUCUACAUCAAUGACAACGAAAUACAAACCCCCUGCGAGAAUAUAAUUAUGUCACCAUAUUCUGAUAAAGAUGAAAUAACGGAAAAUGGAUCCAAACACAACUCGAAUUGCCAAUGGCAUGCCAACGCUACAUUAACACCAUUUGUACAAUAUCCGAUAACAACAACGACUAAACCUGUCUCUUCUGUAUUGAUUAAUAGCGUCGAGCAAGAGAGACAAAAUUUAAUUUCCCAAACUAGAAUGCCAAACUUUGUCGUGGAGCAACUGUUGCAACCCACUGGUUUACAAUACACAUUUCGUCCACCUUUGGAGGCAACAGCAACAACAGUCACGCCAACUGUUACGCUUAACAACAAUAACGUUUUGAUUGCAGAGCAAAAUAAUCAGCAAUUUCUGACGCAUGACAAUAUACGUCCAUACAUUGACGGCAUUGAAGAGGAAUUUCAAUAUCUGCGCAGCAUAGACAAUAAUCGCGAAGAUAUAUUAGAUAGUUUCCUGGAUAUUUCAGUUAGUGACUACUGAGCUCAAUUACAAGGCGACGACGUACAUAUGUACAUAUAUUCAAUUAUAUUUAUCUACAAAUAACUCUAUAAGUAAUUAGUAACAAACCAUACGUUAUAACAAAAAUAAUGUAUUGCUUUAUAGUUGGCUUGAAUGUCCUCAAUAAAUAUCUGAAAUUAUGUUACUGAAAGUGUAGAAAGUGUAAUUUGUGUGUUCUUAGUAUUUUAUUAAUUUGUUACAGUUUGAAACUGCAAUGAAAAUCAUGCAAUCUUCCCAUACAAUAUAUUUUUGCAUUCCCUCAGUUGUUUUCAGUUAACAAUAUAAAUGAAGUCAACAACAAUUUGGCCCUACAACUGGUUUUCGGUUUUGGUCGCGCCAAUAAACCUUCGCCAGUCGUCUCUGCAUUGCGCACAACGUCGCCAAUAGGGGAUUUCAAGCUUCGUCAGGUCUACAUCAGAGAACUGCAAAACUCACUUUUUCCUUGAAAAACUUUCUAUUCAAUUCCAAUCACUGAGCGAAGCACAGCGUUGAGUAAAAAUCAGCUAAUGUUGCCGAACCGCUCAUUCGCGUACAAUGUGAGCCUUCGGUCCGAAAUGCUUUGCUCACGUUUGCUCACAUCACGAAAUGUUUAGCUCACUUUCGCUGAGUGAUUGGAAUUGAAUAAAAACUUUUGCGUAUGAGCUUGUAUGUAUGUAUGUGAUUGGCGUUGCAACCGUUUAGCCGGUUAUAGCCGAAUCGACGUUAGUGCGCCACCUCUCUCUCUCCUUCGCAGUUCGGCGCCAGUUGGAGAUCCCAAGUGUAACCAGGUCGCUCUCCACCUGGUCCCUCCAACGGAGUGGAGGCCUUCCCCUUCCUCGGCUUCCUCCGGCGGGUACUGCAUCGAACACUUUCAGGGCUGGAGUGUUUUCGUCCAUUCGGACAACAUGCGUAGCCGCUGUCUUUUAAUUCGCUGAACUAUGUCAAUGUCGUCGUAUAACUCGUACAGCUCAUCGUUCCAUCGUCUGCGGUAUUCGCCGUUGCCAAUGUUCUGAGGACCAUAAAUCUUGCGCAAAAUUUUCCUCUCGAA